AUGAAUUUGUGUCUUAUCUUCCUACUUUACUUCUCGCAUGUGGCCAAAGGCCUUCUUCUCAACUCCCCACUGCUGGACUCUUAUGACUACAUCAUCGUCGGAGGUGGUCCGAGUGGGCUCACGGUUGCGAAUCGUCUUUCAGAAGACCCUACCGUCAACGUACUCCUGCUCGAAGCUGGACCGGCCGACAACAACCAAGCCUGGAUUCAGAUACCAUUCUUUGCGGGCCAAGGUGUCGGAAGUUCUCUGGACUGGAAUCUUCUGACCGCGCCCCAGACCUACCUUGAUGGCAGGACUCGUGCACUUCCACAAGGACGAAAUAGAGGCGGUAUUGGCGAUUACGACGACUGGGUUGCACUCGGCAAUCCUGGCUGGAGCUUUUGGGAGCUUUUACCAUACUUCGGCAAGAGCGAGACCUUCACACCCCAUUCACAGAGUGAGGCGGCCAAUGCUGUUGGUAUCAAUCAGAACCCACUGGUUCAUGGCUCCAAAGGGCCUGUCAACGUCAGCUUCUCGAACCAUAUCUACAAUGAGACAGUCAACUUCUUCUCGGCGUUGAACGAACUCAAAAUGCCGGUAUCUUUCGAUCCAAACGAUGGUUUGAUAGCAGGCGCCUCCUUUCUACCACUGUCGCUCAAUCCGGCGGCCCAAACAAGGUGCGAUGCUCGCUCGGCAUAUCUGGAGCCGUAUACUAUGAGACCUAAUCUGUGGGUCUCCACAAACCAACAUGUCACCCGCAUCUUGUUCGAGGGAGGAUCUGGUAACCCCAAUACUACAACACCAACUCCCGGCGACUCAAAUAUUGGCCAAGGAAGCUCGUUUUCCAGACCUGAUGGCUUGUUCUCAAACAUCACCCAGAAUGGCAUUGCAUCUCUGUAUCGCAGGUCAUGGUCGUGGAUACUUCUCGUCGAGGCCUUCAAGGCUCAUCUUUCUCCUCGGAAACGAGAGCCGACUAAUACACCGGUGACUUCCGUCGGAGAACCCGUGAGAGCGAAUGGAGUCGAAUUUUCUUCAGCAGCAGACGUACCAAGGAAGAAUGUUACAGCGACUAGAGAGAUCAUCAUUGCUGCCGGCGCAUUACACACUCCUCAACUUCUCAAGCUUUCGGGCCUCGGACCUUCGGACGAAUUGCAACUACUCCAGAUCCCCGUUCUCGUCGAUCUACCAGGCGUUGGCAUGAACUUGCAAGAUCAUGCUCUUGUCGGGGUGUUCUAUCCUUACCAGAAGCCUACAUCCUUGACAAGCAUGCAGAUUGCAAAUAACCAUACGCUGAUGAGCCAGUUCAGUGCCAUGUACCAGGCAAACAGAACUGGCCCUUGGACAGCAGGACCUCCAGACGGGAACGCGUUUCCUGCUCUUUCGUUCUUGUCAAACAGAUCUCUGUCAAUUAUCACGAAAGCCCAAACACAGAAAGCGUCUGACUUUCUGCCCUCAGACGUUCAUAAGACUGUACUCACAGGCUUCGAUGCCCAGCGUCGACUCUUAGUCAAUGCUCUGCGAGACCCAAAGAGAGCGGUAUAUGAGUUGUUGAAUUUCAACUAUGGAGCUUUUUCCAAUGUGAACGUGAGACCAUUCUCUCGGGGUACUGUCAAACUGAACUCGUCGCGUCCGUUUGACCCUCCCAUCAUUGACCCCAGAUAUGGUUCGAAUCCGGUUGAUCUUGAUGUUCUGCUCGCCUCAAUUGUGUACAACCGCCAGGUGCUUGAGACGACAUCAAUGAAGUUAUUAGAGCCACUUCAAGUCAACCCCAGACUGAAUGCUACCGACCAGGAAGUAAUGGAUUUCAUCAAGGACAACAUACAAACAGAAUUUCACCCCAGCGGCACCUGCGCCAUGCUGCCCCUGGAUUUGGGAGGUGUCGUGGACCCCGAUCUGCUCGUCUAUGGCACUCAAAACCUAAGGAUAGUUGAUGCUUCGAUUAUGCCUCUUAUUCCUGCGAGUCAUCUCCAAGCGGUGGUAUAUGGGAUUGCUGAGAAGGUCAGGACUGCGAUGCCUCCUGUUAUGCAAGAGCUGACGAUUAGAAAGGCCGCAGACAUCAUCAAGAAUGCGACCUCGGGUUACUGUAUCCACAGCUCAGUCAAUGCCUAUGUCUCCGAAAACGCCUCCAGUCUCAUCUUCUGCGCCGUCACCGGCAUCGACUUCGCAGCCAUCGCCAGCCAUUCCUUCGCAGCCGUCCACUGUAUCCCCAGUACAGCCUUCGACAUCUUCUCUGAUUCAGUCGUUACCAACUGCGGCUGUUGCGUCUCUCCCGAUUUCAACCUCACCGGCGGUCUGUUUACACCCAUCGACAUUCGUCUGUACAUGUACAUCGGUCUGCACGUGUGUAUCUAUCUGCACAUGCGGAGUGACCCUCGUACCCGUCUCGUCGAAACCAGCGAAAUUGACACCUUCAACAUCGAUGUUGAUCAACCCGGCGUUGUCAUCUUCUACCCCAACAGCGAACUCGGCAGGGAACGCAUGCCCGCAUCCUUUGACGUCGUCAUGUCCGCCUCUGAGAACUUCGGUGGCUUUCCAACCCUUAAAGACGCCUCCUUCCCUAGCCCUAGCCCUUACAUACGCACCUACAUCAUCCACAGCAUCAGGUACAACUCCGGUGCCGUCUGUCCUAUCAUCCCCUGCAGUGUCGUCAUCCACUGGCUCUUCUACCACUCCGGCACCGUUGCUGAGUUCUGUCCGCUCCGCAACUUCAUCUGGGGAGCGGUCCUCCCGCUCUUCCUCGAAGCGCUCGUCGUCGACGUCCGAUUACACGAGCAGGUCGAUGUCCAGUCAGUCAACCAUUGCUUUCGCAAGCCAACGGAUAACAUCGUCAUACUUGUCUUCCUCUUCGUUUCCCAGUACCUCGCCCAGCACUCUUUGGGUGACCAUAUGUCGCACAGUACCCAUGUUCUGAGACAGUACCGCACCAUCUCUGGGGAGAUUCAAUGA